AUGAGCGAAGAGGUUGAAUAUUCCUCCAAGAUCAAAGAUCUCUAUAUCAACGAUUUCUCCGACACCGAAGAUUGUUACUCCGACCCCGAAGAUUAUUACUCCGACGGACCUGCAGAUUACUCCCAUAUCAAAACAUCUGUUUGUUAUGGGCCCGAGACACGCCUCUUCUGGAACUUGGAGGACUACCCAAUCUCCGCAAGUGCCGAUCUUGUGUCUAUUUAUCGCCAUCUCAAGUUAGCUCUUCACCGUAUGGGUGUUCAUGGUUUUCUCGACAUCUAUGCGCAUGGUGGCACACUGAACCGCGACGGCCUUGACUUGUUCAAAGAAGCAUGUAUGUCAUACACACCAAAAGAGGGUCAAAUGUCCAUUACUGCACAAUUGUGUGUGGACAUGAUUCGUUUCGCAAACACGUAUCCUCGUAGAUCUGUUUUUGUGGUCAUCGCAAGACAAAAGCCAGAAACUGUGUUGAAUAGGGUUCUUGAGUGUUUGCAAUCGAAAUAUCACCAAACUGUUCUCAUUGUCGAGCCGCCUGCUGACCCCGCACAAGAUGAUCUCUUUAAGUCUGCAGACUCGGUAUUUGAGCGUACACAUUUUGUAGGUGGAGGAAAGACUAUGCCUGCUUAUGAGCCUAUCACACCCGUCCGAGAGGUUGAGACAGGCGUCUUCUGGGACUUGGAGGAUUGCCCAUUCCCUGCUGGUUGUUCUCGUGAUAAGAUCUAUAUGACUAUCAGAUCAGCUUUUACGUCAAAGUAUGGGGUUUGUCCUAAAAUGUCAGUCUGCGCCUAUGUUGAUGAGAAGAAAGAGUCUUGGGGUGAGUUUCUGCGUAACAAGACACCGGAAUCCAAAAUCGACUUCCUUCCCGGAGGGGAUGAUAAAGCCGCCAGACAUGAGAGAAUGUUAGUUGACGUGCUUUUAUGGUUGGUCGACCAUCGGAAUCUAGCACAUUUGAUCAUAGCAGGUAAACUCAACGUGGAGGUCUCCGAAUCCCUUGCAAGAUUUGGAGGAGAGAGGUCACAUUAUCUUUUUAGUGAUUCCGAACAAGCGCACUGGGGUAGAACAAGUAUACGUUUUUGGUCGCCAAAAGGUAAAAGCCGGCGCCGGAGAGGGGUCGGAAGAUGA